AUGAACCGGCUGUUCGGUAAGAAAAAAGACACCCCGAAGCCCACGUUGGAGGACGCCAGCGUCCGGCUUAACACGCGUAGUGAGGCGGUGGACGCCCGGGUGGGCAAAAUCGACGCCGAGCUCACGAAGCUGAAGGAAUGCAUUCUCAAGACACGUGGGGCAACCCAGCAGCGGUACAAGCAGCGCGCGGUGCAGCUGCUGCAGCAGAAGCGCCUGUACCAGAACCAGCAGGACACGAUGAUGCAGCAGCAGUUCAACAUGGACCAGCUGCAGUUCACGACGGAGUCGGUGAAGGACACAAAGGUGCAGCUGGACGCACUGAAGGAUGCGACGAAGAGCCUCAAACGUGAGUUCAAGCGGGUGGAUCUAUCAAAGAUUGAAAACCUGCAGGACGAGCUGCGUGACAUUUACGAGGACACGCAGGAGGUGCAGGAGAUACUCGGCCGCGCCUACGAUGUGCCGGAGGACAUUGACGAGGACGAGAUGAUGGGGGAGCUGGACGCAAUUGCCUGCGACAUGGAGGCGGAGACGGACUCCAGCUACCUCGCCGCCGCCCUCGCCAGGCCAGGGACGAAGCUGCCGGAGCUGCCCGGAACAGAGAAGCCGCAGGCGGAGGAGGAGGAGAAGAAGGAGAAGGUCGACCCGUAUAGUCUGGAGGCGCAGCUGGGCCUGUGA